AUGGGGCGAGCCGUCCAUGGGCACGAGCGGGAGGACCAGGAGUCGACCCUGGCUUCCUUGGAGAUGUUCUUCUUGGCCAUCUACACUCUGGAACUUCUGCUGCGAUUUAUCGCGGAUGGCUGGGCUACGUUUCGAAAUAUGUGGUUUUUGUUCGAUUUCACUAUGGUGGCCGUCGGAGGAUUGGCCACCGUUCUUACAGACUAUGUCAUUUCUGGCGAGAGGUCUGGCGCGAUAGAAAUUCUACAGCAGGCGCCUUUGGUUCGGAAUCUUCGCUUGGUGCGCCUCGUGCGAGCUGUGCGGAUGAUAGAGCUCUUCCAGGAUCUUUGGAAAUUGUGCGUUGGCCUCAUGAAGUCAGCGCGAACAGUGACGUCGGCGGCUGUGCUCGUGACCAUGGUGGCGUACAUUUUUGCAUGUGCUGCGCUCGAGCUGGUUGCGAAGUCGGAGAGACUGCAAGCAAACCCUGUUACAAGAGAGAUCGUGGACAAACAUUUCAGCUCUCUUGGCCACGUGAUGGUCACGAUGAUACAGUUUGUCAACGCUGACUCCAUUGGGGCGAUCUACAACCCACUAAUCCUUGAGCAUCCCGUAGUUGGCAUUUUCUUCUUCAUGCUGAUCGGGGUAGUUACCAUUCUGCUGAUGAACCUCGUCACGGCGGCUGUUGUCGAAAGUGCCAUAAAGACCGGCAGAGAGGACCUCGAUAUGCAACGAUACCGCAUCAUCAAGCAAGUGGAGCAGAUGAUACCGCAGGUCGACCGGGCGUUCCAGGAGAUGGACGUCACCCAGGACGGCGAGCUGGACAGGGAUGAGCUGGAGCGGUUGAAGGAAAUUUCCGCGGUCAAGGGCAUCCACUUACCACCAAGCCUGCACCCGUUGCUGCAGGGGGAGACGUUAAGGGACCUUUUCGAUUACCUUGACCAGGACAAGGACGGCAAGGUGGCGGCGGUGGAGUUCAUCGAGGGCGCCUGCAAGCUCGCGCUGUCCAACGUGCCGUUCGAGACCAUGCAGAUACUUUCCCUGCUCCGGCAGCAGCGGAGCCAGCUGGGUGAAGUCCACGAGCUCGUGGGCGAGCUGCGGCUGCUUCGCGGUGGCAGGAGGGCCUCGCGGCAGGACGAGCCGCGGCAGGGCGUCCACGAUCUGAUGGGCGAGCUGCGGCUGCUCGACGGUCGGCGGGAGACGCCCCGGUGCGCAAAGUCCAGCAAGUCUAUGCGGGUGGUUUUGUGA